AUGACGGAUCCGAUUGACGACGAGUGGGAGUAUGAGUACGACGAGGUCGAAACAGAGGACUUCUACAUUCCAAUCGACCUAUCCAACGUGCCAAAAGGGCAGAAACUCGUCGACAGCGAGCGGCGGACCGGCCAUCCUACACUGUUGAAGAGCAGAUUGCGCGCGCUCAACGCGCAGCGCGGUCAGCAGCAGCAAGAUGCGUCAACAGGCGAAGCCUCGAGCGAGCAGGAGCCGGCAACUUUGGGCGAAGCCCAGAUUAUUGGCCUGCACACGCCAAAUCCCCUUGUCAUGUAUAAUGGCCAAUUAUUGAGCUGCCAGUGGGCUUCGACAAUCGGGACUGAUAUGUUCUUUGCGAAGCCGAGCGCUGAUGCAAGCUCUGAGGAGAAGCCGCUUCGUUCGCUGCCGAAUGUCGAUCUGCUGGCGAUUAGCUCUGCGAAACUUGUUGCCAAAGUUGGACGCUUGCGACCUCGAGAUGAUCUCUUUGAUGGGGUUGGCGAGGAAGACGGCGUGGCUGCUGCUGCGGCGCCAACUGAGGUGAAUAAUGGGGAAGCGCAGGAUUCUGCUCAGGUCUCAGAACCAGCGCCAACGAGCUUUCUGGCAAGAAUUAAUCAGGUUAAAGCAAAAAGAGGAGACUCGACGCGUCUUGCUGUUUCACAGUCUGGAAAUGGUCUUCGCUUGGUAUCUAAGGCUGCUUCUGAUGCUGCUCAAGAUACCACUGGGCAAGGAACUGAAGAUGUCGAGAUGGGUGGCACCUGA